GUCUUCCGGCGGGGCGGGGCGGGGCGGGAGUCGGUCUUCGCGUGGCUCCGCUGUUCUGUGUCCCCCACGCCUCGCUCUGCCCUGUCCGGCUCCCCUCUUCUCCCCUCCCCUCCCCACCCCCGGAGGUCUCUCCGAGCGGCGCCGUUGGCGCUGUGUCACCUCCCGGGCUGCUGCUCCCGGCUCAUCCCGGCACAGCGCUCAGCCCUGUGGGCAGCUGUGGGCAGCGACGGAGCCGUCAGUGCCGCUUCCAGGAGAACGGCCGCCUCUUCCCAGCAGAGCAGAAGAUCUGUAUCAAGAAGGGCUCUCAACAUCAAGCUGUGACGGAUCUCUGUGCAGGUGUGACCUUGAGAGCCAUCCCUGCUCGAGGGCAGAUCCUGUUGUGCAGCGCGGUGCUGUGCAGGAGAGCUCGAGGGGUGCUUGGGCUGCUCCCUGUUUUGGGGUGAGAUGACCGACUCCUUGCCAUGCUUUGUUUUUAGGCACGCAGUCCGUGUGCCCUCAGCUGUUGAAGUGAGUGUCAGCUAUGAGUUCUCUCAGCCCCCCAGUUUGAGACAGUUUUGUGAUGGUUCAUCUCUUUGAGCCAGAGCGUUAGCAGUGCUGGUUGUCUUCCUGUGCCAGGCCUGGUGUGCCAUCCCGGAGGCAGUGCCCUGCAGAUGGGCUGGGGAGGGCUGGGCUGGGACAGGGACUGCUGCGUUGCCUGCCAGCUGCCCUGCCCUUUCUCUUGUCCCUGCAGGCUCCAGUUCAACUUGGUCCUUCCAGGCGUGAUCAUCCCAGGCUGCAGGAGAGCAGCAAAUGGCCACAGCACAUCGGUGUCAGGAGCCCGUGAGCUUUGCGGAGGUGGCCGUGUAUUUCAGCAGGGAGGAGUGGGCGCUGCUGGACCCUGCGCAGCGAGCGCUCUACCGGGACGUGAUGCUGGAGACGUACCAGUGCGUGGCCUGGCUGGCUCCACUUCCAGCCCCCAAACCCGGGCUGAUCUCCCUGCUUGAAGGAGGGGAAGACCCCUGGAUCCCAGAUGUGCGUAGCCCAGAGGCCGUGCCAGGAGACCUGGGCCCAGCAGGAAUUGCGAUUACGGAUAUACUGGAGGAUAUGCAGGAAAGUGGUGUGGCCGAAAGGCGGUGGGGUAGUGCCUGUGUGGGGGAAAUCAGAAGGGAUGUUGCAGGAGGCCUGGAGCAAGGUCAGGGUGAGCACAUCAAGAAGGCACUGGGAAAGCAUCUGGAAGAGAAAGGAAGGAGCCCGCUGGGCUUCAACAUAGGUGAAAAGCAGGCUGAAGGACCCAGGAGCAAGGAUGUGUGUCAGAUGAAAAAGCAGAAUCCAUGCAGUGCGUGUGGGAAAAGCUUGGAAAUAAAUUCCAGUGUCAUUAACCACCAGUACAUGCACACAACGAAGAGCCUGUACAAGUGCUCUGAGUGUGGGAAUAGCUUCGAACGGAGAGCCAAACUAACACGCCUCCAACGCAUUAACGCAGGAUGGAGAGCCUACAAGUGCUGUGAGUGUGGGAAGAGCUUCAGCAGAAGUUCCCACCUCACCUGCCACCAACGCAUCCACACAGGAGAGAGACCCUUUCAGUGCUCUGAGUGUGGGAAGGGCUUCAACAGCAGUUACAACCUUACCUGCCACCAACGCAUCCACACAGGAGAGAGACCCUUUAAGUGCUCUGAGUGUGGGAAGUGCUUCAAACGCAGUUAUGAAUUAAAGUUGCACCUGCGCAUCCACACAGGGGAGAGACCCUACAAGUGCUCUGCUUGUGAGAAGAGCUUCAAAAGCAAUUCUGAAUUGAAGCAGCACCAGAGUACCCACACAGAGGAGAGACCCUACAAGUGCUCUGAGUGUGGGAAGUGCUUCAAAAGCUGUGCUGACUUGAAGCAGCACCAGCGCACCCACAGAGAGGAGAGACCCUUUCAGUGUCCUGUGUGUGGGAAGCACUUCGAAAGCAGUUCUGCCCUGAAGCGCCACCAGCGCAUCCACACAGGAGAGAGACCCUUUCAGUGUCCGGAGUGUGCAAAGAGCUUUAAACGCAGAUCUCAUCUCAACACUCACAAGUGCACCCACAGAGCACAACAGCUGUAGAAGCUCCCCAAGACUCUGGGAACCUUCCAAAGCAGUUCCAGCCUUGUUACCUUCCGGCACUAACACGGAAAGUACAGAUCCUGCAGAGCCUCAAACUUGUGAAGAGCUUCAAACCAAGCCCCAGCCUGGUUACGACCUGUGGCUUUCUGUUUUGAACCUUACAAAUCCCUUGAGUAGAGGAAGAGCUCGGCAGCCAAAAUCCUUCUUCUCUGCUGCUCUUCUUUCUCCUCUUUGGAUGCGAAUUCUGCAUGUUGCUCUCUGUCAGCUGCAGUCAAGGUGUUGAGCGGACACUCAAAGGAGAGUCCAGAGUGGGAUGUGUCACAGCCACUGGAAACCCUCUGCCAAGUGGCACGUUUCUGCCAGGGCAGUGUGCAAGGACAGUCACCUCUUAUCUCCCCUGUAGACACUCACCUGCUGUGGGGCAACAGGUGAGGACCCAAAGGAAACCUCAGCUGGGCCGAUACGUCGCCAGGAAGGAAGAAAUUCUGUUGGCUGGGAGUGUGGGAAGAGCUUCAUCUGGAACUCAACCCUCAGGAGACCCCAGAGAACCAACGCCGGGGAGAGUCCCUGUGAGUGCCUUGACUGCAGGAAGAGAUCCGUCCAGACCUGGGAGCUCAUCACACACCAGUGGAUCCACGUGAGGAACCCUACAGACGUGCAGCCUGCAAGAAGAGCUUUGGCCACAGCUCGAACCUGCUGAGGUAGCAGAGUGUCUGCAGUUGGGUGAAGUCCAGGACGUGCCUGCACCAGUGAGUUCACGUGGCAGGAAGCCUUAGCAAUGCCUCGAGUGUGAGAAGGGCUUUGUGCAGAGCACGAAGCUCCUCCCUUGCAGGAGAUGGCAGUCGUGGCAGAAGUCUACAAACGUCCCAUGUGUGGGAAGAGCUUCAACCACAGCUCCCAGCUGAGCAAGCACCAGGGGAUCCACUCACGGCAGAGACCAUAGAUGUGCCUGCACUGCAGGAAGAGCUUCAUCCAGAGCUCAGUCCUCGUUAAGCAUUGCCCAGUCCACGUGAGACGGUGGCCCUGCAAGUGUCUCUCCUACAGGAAGAGUUUCUCUCAGGGCUGGAACCUCAUUUCUCCCCACACAGGAAGAGCUGGCAAAGGAGAUGGCAUCGCUGGCACCCUCUGCAGAAGGGACUUAACCCAGGAGCUUCAGAUGGCCUUUCCUUGCUUCCCAAAGCAGUUCUCUCAGCAUGCCCACGUUCCUCUUCUGCUCUUCCUGCCUGCAGCUUUUUGAUGCCAUUUCCUUAGGAGAAGCGGCUGUGUGGGGAUGUUCUGUGUGUCUGUGUGCGUGUGUUGCUCUCAGUAAUUUCUGAGUGCGCAGACGAAUGUGAGAGAAUGGUUAGGAGAGCAGUAAUGUGGCUCUUGGAGGUUUUCUGAGAAUCAUCUGUAGUGGAAAGGGAAGGGGGUGAAUAAAGUAGCUGAGUUGUUCUGGA